UUUCAACAACAGAACAUGAACAUUUAACACGUCGUUUGAUGUACGCUGAAUCGAGUAGUGAUGAUAAUAUGAUGAUGCCCGUAUCAUCUGUUACUGAUAGAAACCAAACAGGAUACCAGGAUAAAGUGGCUAGCUGGUUAAAAGACGUGGACCCUGCAUUGGAGCACACUGAAACAACUGAUGGCCAGAAACAACUUGUAUGUACAAAUGAAAGUAUAAAAGACAGUGAUUUAGAAGACAUGGUGUCAAUAUCACAGGUGCUGAAUGAAGACAGUUGCAAAAUUGUUCGUCGGAAGAAAAGAAACCUUCCAUCAGUUCCAGUUAAAACCAAACUUACAUCAGUUAUAAGAAAUGCUGAGGUAUUUGGGGAUAAAAAACCAAAGCACAAAUAUUCAGCUAAGAAUAAAAGUUAUGAUUUUGCCAAAAAUUUGUCUGAAUCCUCAGCACAAUUAAAAGAGUCAAACAACUUUGUACAAGCACUGAUAUCUAACGAGAAAAAAACUACUAAGAGACGUCUAAGAAGCAGCAAAAAAUUCAACAAGAAAAACAUCUUUGACGUGCCGGUCUCUCACAAGGGGUUUCCCCCUUCACCACCCCCACUAAAGAUGGGACGACAGAUACAGAUUCACCUGCUUACCCAACUGUGACGGAAAAUCAGCCGAAAAAUGAGGAGACAGA